CCGACGAGCGGUUUCGCGGCUUGUGUCAAGAAUGAAGGCGCACUCGAAGCCCGCAAUCACGAGAAGUUCGACGGCGCGACUGGGGGUGAGCAAGUCCGUAUCACACAAGAAGGUGGCACAGCAUGCCGAGGAUCUGCACCAGGCGGCAAGCGUCGUCGCCGACCCCCCAACUUCUCCUGCUUCCCCAAUACCAGGCCUACCAACGGUGGCAGGAACGCCGCCGCCACAAGAAACACCGCCACCUACUCGUCCGAUACCAAAGCACCGCGUGAAUACCCUCACCAAAGUGAAAGGAGUCGAGUACCUCCAAGGCGGCCGCCAGCCCAUUCCCCCGAUGACUCUGCAUGGCCGCAUCUUGACAAAUAUCGACCCUCGGUCCCGCGAACGAGCUCAAAAGCGUUGGGAUGCCCUUCGAGACGUCGUGAGCCGCACGCCCGAAUUGACGCGUAUCACGCAAAAGCUCCAGGAAAGCAUCAGGAUCCUGAAGAUGGAUCCGUGCGACCGCCGCGACACCGACAUCGCCCACCUGUACUCGUGGUUGAUGUCCCAGGAAAACUUGAGUCCGCUCUUCCAGACCAGUUCGUCGUCCAUCUCCGUCGCCAUAACAACCUUCCCAUCAUCACGUUGGUCCUCCUCGGUGUAGUGCCGGAAAAAAUGGGGAAAAACAUUUGCCGUGAACUCGAAUUUCUCCACUUGCGAAGCAACGAUGUGGUCGUGCAUCAAGGCGACAUCGGGUCGACAUGCUUUAUUCUAAUCAGCGGCCUCGUCGCCGUCUACGUGCGAAGUCCCGAAGAACAAGAGCGGUUCACGCGCCUGGGCCUUCGAAAGCAGUACCCCCCUGACCCGUCCACGACUCUGUCGGGGGAUGCCCCGCCCGUCAAGAUAUCGAUGGACUCGUCCCUUCCCAAGAACACCUCGACGCUCCAACGCGCGGCGGCCCCGAGCUUUGGCACUAAAGUUGCGACUCUCAAACCUGGCGCGACGUUUGGCGAGAUCUGCCUCAUCGAACCCGACUCGAAGCGAACGGCAACCGUGGUCGUCGAUGGCGCAUGCAGCUCCGCCAACUUCAUCGUACUCACGUCGUCGUCGUACACGAAGAUGACAGCUACCCAGAAAACAGAGGGCACGAUCUCGGACCACAUUGCGUUUCUCCACCAACUCUAUAUUUUUCGAACGUGGUCGAAGAUGCAGCUCAUGAGGUUGGCUUCGUCCAUGCGAUACAUGGUGUUUUCGCCGCAGCAAUUCCUACAGCGCAAGAACGCCGACAUCGAAUACUUUUACAUGAUCUUGAGCGGUGAAGUCCGGGAAGUGACCAGCAUCGUAUUCCAGCAAGUGCAUCACGUCCCUGGCGGCGCAAAGAAGCUCACCGAACACAAAGUCACCGCCGAGCUCACGUACAUUGGAAAAUACGACGUCGUGUGCGAAGGGUUGGUGUACCCGAGGAAAAUCCACCUCAGCCCCGUCGACGUUCGUGCAGAAACAACGGUGUGCGCGCUUGCGUUGAGCAAAAAGUUGUUUCAGCUUUCGAUUUUGAACGCUGCCCAGCUGCACCAAAAGCAUGUCGCGCAGCACACGAUGCGUGUGCUCGAGCAAGUGAGCGACGCCCGUCAAAAGUGGCGAGAGGCUCGAAUCAACCAAGCCACGGCAUACCCCGACCUGCUCAUCAAAAUCACGUCCAAGAUGAUGCGCCUCAGCGGCAACUUGUGCAUGCAGUGCGGCCGGUGCACGCACAUAGCUGGCGACUCGGUUUGUCUCUUUGACGCGUUUCUAAAAGCGCACGACCCAAAGCCCGUCGAGCGGCAGUACUUUCACCACAAUGCCCCGGCAAAAGAACGAGUGGAGGAGCCCGAAGACCCGACUACUGGUCCACCGUCGCCCACGAACAACCACGACAGCGUGGCUAUCGCCCCUGCAACUACCUCAAUACCGACCUCCGACGAUGUGCGGCCGUCAUCCGUACACCGGCAACUCCUCAACGACCACUGGACGGAAGCAGCCAAACAUGGCAUUUCCCCGCGGCGCCCUGCCACAACCGACUCGGCGUCGACUCGGCGACCGGCAAAACCCAACCCAGCCAGACGAACCGCCGAUAUUGCUUCAAAACUCGACGCCGUGCGAAUGUCGUGGCCGUAUGCGUCCCAUGAAGCAGAAGAAUAAGGUUCCGCCAAGAUGAGAUUCGUUCGUGUUUUGGUGCCGGGUUAGAAUUCAUCUUCUUGGAUGUAGUUUUCGUGGUGGCCGCCGCGCGAGUGUGGUUGAUGGAUGUCUCCGAGGAUGGGGGUGUCGGCUCGAUUGAGGGGUUUCAUUGGAGGCGGCGAGCUGUCGGGUUGGUUCCGUUUGUGAUGGUGGCCAUCCAAAUCCAUGUCUCGUGGGAGGUCUGUCAUUUCAGCCAAGUAUUCGGCGGCGCUCAUGUACUGCGUCGCGGACUGCCCGAGCAGUUUCAAGAUCUCGAGGGCAUUGUAGUCGAUGGUUUUUCGCGGCUUGACGUCGGCGACGCAAAUGUCUCCAAUGCACUCGCCCGUCUCGAGCGUCAGCGGCACCCCGACAAAGAACUGGAUGCGCGACGUCGUGCGCCGAUCGACGCUGAUGCGCUUGUCCGAGUUGACGUCCAGCACAACGCAUGGCUUACCACUUUGCGCCAUUCGACGAAACGUUGGCAGCGACUUGGGCAAGUCGGCUGGGUUCACAUGGGCAUCGUAGUGCACGAGCUCGAAGAGGCUGGUGCGAAUGCCGGCCAUGGGGCAAUGGAGCGCUUGCAUUGCCGAGUGGCAGAUUUCUUCAAAAUCCGAGUUGAUGUACUCCUGUCGCUUACUGGGACCUUUCUUCUUGGAAUUGCGAGACGUAGAUGAGCCCUCGGACGUGAGCGAUGCAGGUCGCUUCGGAGGUUCGGCGCAGAGUGGUGGGGGAACGUCGCCGUUCAACGUUGUAUUGAGAGAGACAUGGUCGGAGGCAGUGUGUGCAGGGGGUGGCGGCUGCUGCGCCGCUUCCUGAGUCACAUACGGCUUUGUUCGACCAGGAUGACUCAUCGAUGUCCGAGCGAGGGAUUCAAGGUUGGAAUAGUUGGUCGUGAACUUGAGCAUGAGGGUCUUGAGCGCUGGACUGACCAGGUUGGAUCCACCCGCCUUUUUGCUCGAAACGGUAAGGGUGAGCACUGUCUUGCCUGGCUCGGCCGAUGGAGUCAUCACGAAGUAACUUGGCUCAAAGGACGCGAGUUUAUAGCUGUCGGCGCGGGCCCGGAUGCCGUACUGCGCGCCAAUGCCGUCGUAAGACUCGAACAGCACGAUACCCACAGGUCCAUACUUUCUCGACCGAUGCACACCACAAUACUCGUAGUAGAGAAAUUCCUUGGGCUUGGUGAAAAUUGCACCUGUGUUCAACGCAAUCCACUUGAGCGCCAACGACGAUUCCGUUUCGUCAUGUCGUGGGCCAUCCGCGUGGAGGACUUCACCGUCGAUGAACGUCUUCCCGUGAAGUUCCUUCAUGAUGAGGCGGAAACUCGGACUGUCCAAUAAACGAAGCAUGUCCACACAUGAGUACACUGUUCCUGGGACUUGAGUGACCAAUCUCAUGGCGCAGUGCUGGUUUGCUGCGUUGCGUUCGUGCUGGUACAUGCGAACGUCCGGUUUGUUUGUCGACACCGACGUCCAUGAUGUAAAGUCAGUCGAGCUAUCCACGGCCCGUUCCAGGCGCUUUCGGCAUUCGCUGUGCAUAUGCUCAAUGUCAAUAUCUUGCGGCCACGAGCUCAAAGCAGCCGCGCCGUUCGCCAGGUGCUGCCCUGGCAUCGUG